AUCAUAUUCACGUCAAACCUAUUCCAAAUCGCAGUCCACCACAAACAUUCUCAUGUCACAAAAUCUUGAAAUAUAUGAUCCUUGAUAAACCUCAAAUCCCCACCUCUUAUUCCCAAUUUAACCCAAAAUCCUUAACCCUAAAAAUCAAGAAAUCAUAAAUGAAUCCCAAAUCACCACCACCAAACACCGCCACCCCUAGCUGACAUGCCACCGUCACCGCCGCCCCAACCACCGAUCCCACCGCCGCCCCAUCUCCUGAAGAAGCCCACGUCACUCCCUGACGUCAUCUUCACCGCCUUCUCUCUCCUCGCCCUCUUCUCUGCCUCUCCCAAACCCGCCUCCAUUCUCUUCAUCCCCAACAACAACAGCAAACUCUCUUUCCCGUUGUACCCCCGCAGAUUCCCCAAAAUGUCCUCCCCCUUCACGAGCCCCCGCCGCCUGCCGCCGCCGUUCGCCACGCCGCAGACGCUCUCCGAUUGGCUGCGCCCGCGCCUCGCCGCCGACCUCUUCGGAUCGUGGGGCGUCAAGCCGGGCACCAAAAAUGUCCACAAUCUGUGGCUGGAGAUCGCCGAGGGCGAGACCUCUCUCGCCGAUUCCGUCCCUCCGGUUCGCACGGUCGAGGUCGUCAUCGUUAAGAUCGUCCGCAGCGACGGAAAAAUCCUCGUGGAAUCGCAUCAGGAGCUGUCCAACGGCGACGUGAGGCACCGCGGCCGCCCGCUGUCGGAGAAGAUGAAGCCCGGCGAAUCGGUCGAGGCGGCGGUUUACCGCGCCGUGAAAGAGGAAUUAGGGUUAGGAUCGUCGGUCAAAAUUGGAACUCUAGGGAUCGAUAAUUGCGACGGGGAUAGUGGAAUCGUGAGAAUCCUGCCGGAAUCGUAUGUGAAGAAGGUGGAGGAGCGCGUCUCGGCGUCGUAUCCGGGAUUGCCGGCGCGCUACUUCCUGCACACGGUGGAGGCGGAGGUGGAGGGUUUGCCGGAGGGCGAGUUCUCGACGGAGGAGACGGAUGAGUACGGCGGGUUAGAUGAGAAGGGAGCGAGUGCGGCGGAUUCCGCCGUUUCGUGUAAAAAACAUUUUUGGAAGUGGGUUGAUUCUGAUUGAAUUUGAGAGGCGAGUAGCAGAGGUGCUGGGCAGAACAAACCCAAAAUACAGUCAAAAACAGAAUUUCAAUUCGGACAGAAAACAUCGCCAAACCAUCUAGCACAAAACUAAAGGAUUCAAGACACUUUUGCAGAUCCCGAAAUAGAUCUCCCCUUUUUGUUUUCAACAAAUAAUUUUUUUGAAAGAUAUUUGAUGGACACGAACCUAGACUUUCGAUUACCACAUUUAACUGCAGUAAACAGAGUUGUACACUUCUGGGAGUUUCUUCUUCA